AUGGACGAUAUCCUGUUGCUAGACGAAGACUUCGAAGAUUAUUCUGGCGCUGAAUGCACUGUGUCUGCAUAUCCAAUACAUGAUGGUCUCAAGGCAGCGCCCACUGCCGAUGCUAUGCUCGACUACGACGACUUGAUUGCCUUCGGGGAUGAUGACAUUCCGGUUACCCCUACCGACGACUCACAGGAUGCCUUGAAUGAGAAAGAGUGGAAUGGAUCUCGAGCUUCAAGUAAUCUGCGUGUCAGGCACUCUGCUAGAGCCAAGUCUGAGCUAGGAAGCGAACAUCAACCUCUUAGUAGCAGCACGGAGUCGACUGUGGACAAUGACGAGCGCACUGAGCGUGAAGACGAGGGGAAAGAUGCUGUUGAAGGUGAGGAGCCAGGUGAAGAUGAGGCGGAGGAAGACGAUGAGGAAGAAGACGAUGAAGGAAGAAGGGAUAGCGCUAUAUCGCGCAUCGAAGGCCUUGUGACCAACUUUCUCGAACAGCUUGCAACUCUAUCCACGGUCGAAGAAGAUGAGGAUCCUGUCCGAGAGGGCAAGAAGAUCGAGAUCAAGCUUGCUCGACGUCGUGCCUCAGACACUGAAAGAGACGACUCCCAGGGGACUCGGUCUCUUAAGUGGCCCAACCGGCGUGCGAAGGGCGCGAGUGGUCUACCGUUAGCUCGCCUCAUGGGCGUCCUCAACGUCGCGCACGAAUCCCUUGUGACCGACCUUCCGACUACGAAGCGAGACAUGUUCUAUCAAGACGUAGGAUUGUUCGGUCACCAGCGCGAGGUUGACCAACUCACGGAUGACCUUGCCGCCACAUUCCAGCUAGACAGAUCGGACUUGAACAUCCGCGCAUCCGGUAAAGGACUGUUGUGCGGGGAUGGACUGAGGAUUGUACUUGCCGACGAAAGCUCCAUCUCGGCCACGAACACUGACCCUGUACUCAUCCCUCAAGCCGAGGACAUCUUGCGCUUCGAGCUCAACCAUGAGAUCGCGUGGGUCCUUGUGGUCGAGAAAGAGGCCGUCUUCCAGACUCUCUGCCGUCUCAAUGUCACCAACCUCUGCGCCUUUCCAGGCCCUGGUAUUGUCAUCACAGGCAAGGGUUACCCUGACGUAGCGACACGCCAGCUCGUCGCGACUCUGUCCAACAACCUUCCCGAGAGUGUACCUAUUCUGGCUAUGGUUGAUGGAGAUGCAUACGGUCUUGACAUCGCGUCAGUAUACAAGUUCGGGAGCGGUUCGAUGAGGCACGAAGCGCACAAGCUCGUUGCUGAGCGCAUCGAGUGCAUCGGUUUGUUCGCAAGUGAGCUUCAGGCCUUCGGCGUCAACGGGGACGCGAUGUUACCCACAAAUAAGGCCGACGAGAAGAAGGCCCGCUCAAUGCUGAAACGAACUAACCUCCCCGACCGCUGGCGCGUCGAGCUCGAGAAUAUGCUUGCUACUCACCGCAAAGCUGAGAUAGAGAUCCUCAGCUCCACGACAGGCGCCGAAGUCGACCUAGAUAGUGCCGAUACCCAGUGGUCGCAGAAGCGCGUUCAUCCGCUCGUGCGGUACUUGUCGGAGAAGAUACAUGGAUGUAUCGUGGCGAUGGGCGAAACUCAUGCCAAGAUGGAAGAAGAUUGA